AUGACUUAGAACAAUCCAAAGCUAGAGUGAACACUUUUAGAAAAGCUUCCACUGAUAAUAUAUUUUGUUCUAGGCCACUAAAAAAAAACACAUCAUGGAGCUCUGGAACUCCACCUUGGGAAGUGCCUUCAUCUUGGUGGGAAUUCUAAAUGACAGUGGGUCUCCUGAAGUGGUCUGUGCUACAAUUACUGUCCUUUACUUGUUGGCCCUGACCAGCAAUGGCCUGCUGCUCCUGGCCAUCACCAUGGAAGCCCGGCUCCACGUGCCCAUGUACCUCCUGCUUGGGCAGCUCUCUCUCAUGGACCUCCUGUUCACAUCUGUUGUCACUCCCAAGGCCCUUGCAGACUUUCUGCGCAGAGAAAACACCAUCUCCUUUGGAGGCUGUGCCCUUCAGAUGUUCCUGGCACUGACAAUGGGUGGCGCUGAAGACCUCCUACUGGCCUUCAUGGCCUAUGACAGGUAUGUGGCCAUUUGUCAUCCACUGAAAUACAUGACCCUCAUGAGCCCAAGAGUCUGCUGGCUCAUGGUGGCCACAUUCUGGAUCCUGGCAUCUCUGACUGCUCUAGGACAUACCAUGUACACCAUGCACUUUCCUUUCUGCAUGUCCUGGGAAAUCAGGCAUCUGCUCUGCGAGAUCCCACCCUUGUUGAAGUUGGCCUGUGCUGAUACCUCCAGGUAUGAACUUAUAAUAUACAUGACAGGAGUGACUUUUCUCUUGCUCCCCAUUUCUGCCAUUGUUGCCUCCUACACACUAAUCUUAUUCACUGUGCUCCAUAUGCCAUCAAAUGAGGGGAGGAAGAAAGCCCUUGUCACCUGCUCUUCCCACCUGACUGUAGUUGGGAUGUUCUAUGGAGCUGCCACAUUCAUGUAUGUCUUGCCCAGUUCCUUCCAUAGUCCCAAACAAGACAACAUCAUAUCUGUGUUCUACACAAUUGUCACUCCAGCCUUGAAUCCCCUCAUCUACAGCCUGAGAAAUAAGGAAGUCAUGGGGGCCCUGAGGAGGGUCCUGGGAAAAUAUGUGCUGCUGGCACACUCCACGCUCUAGGGAUGGCUAAUGGCUUGCUUCUCACAUUCCUCCUCCAAAUAAAAUUCUCUACUUACUCAUUCUUUAUUACUAUACUCCGAGAUGAUACAAAUAUUUUUAAAAUUUUACUUUUAUUUUCUACUCUGUAGCUGGUGUGUACAAUGAUCUUGAGUUAAACUCAUUUGGCACACAUCAUCCUGACUUUGGAAAUCCAUGUUAUAAGAAGAACUAGAUGUGGGGAGAAAGCCUUGAAUGGGUGUGGUAGACUCACUCUCUGGUAGGGCGUCAUCCUGACACAUUACCAAGUAGAAAUGGUAGGGGCUUAGCUUUCCAUUUUAACAUCAUACAGCAGUAAGAAGCAGCAGUAGUUUUGGACUGACCAAAUUCCAGUAGCCUCUCAGCACCAGAGGACUGCUCCCUUUGAAGCAGAUUCUUUAUUAAUAGAGGGAAGAAUUUUCAGAAAAUAUAUUAGGCUUCCUGUUUAUUAAGUAGAUAAGUGUUUGAGUACUUAGUGGAAAUGAGUAAGAGAUAUGUGACUGCAUUUGUACUCUACACCUGAAGAGACGUUCACAUUGGUACCUGUGUAAUGAUAAAUAAUUACAUUGAAAGAGUGAGGCUGGGCAAAGUAGUUCACACCUGUAAUUCCAGCACUUUGGGAGGCCAAGUCGGACAGAUCACCUGAGAUCAGGAGUUUGAGACCAGCCUGGCCAACAUGGUGAAACCCGGUCUCCACUAAAAAUGCAAAUAUUAGUUGUGCAUAGUGGCAGACACCUGUAAUCCCAGAUACUCUGGAGGCUGAAGCAGGAGAAUUGCUUGACCCCGGGAGGUGGAGGUCGCAGUGAGCCAAGAUCACACCACUGCACUCUAGCCUGAGCGACGGAGGCUCUGUCUAAAUAAAUAAAUAGAUAAAGUGGAAAGGGAUAAAGAAAGAUAUUUCUACUUGGAAAUUUUGACAGAGUCUUUUUGAAAAUGGCAUUGCCUAAAAGUAAAACUAAAAUAAAGAAUAAAUAAGAUAGAAUUGAAAGUACCUCUUUUAAAGUGAGCACAAUAACAAUGAGAGAAAUUUGUUGGGCAUAUUGUCUAAAUUUUUUUAAAUGUAGAUAUAAUGUUUUAAACAUUAAAACAAUUGAAAAAGCUUAUACUCUUGAGGUGAGUAUGUAUAUCUGUGUGUCCAUAGGAAAAAAAAAGUAUAAAAUAUAUAAUUUACUUUUUAGCUAGCCAAAUAUGCUUUUUUUUCAUUUUAUUCAUUGGUAUGGGAAGAUUUAUAGCAAAAUCAGGGAACUUAAAUUUGUUGAGUGCAGAAUUUCCAGAAUAACUUGGCUUAUAUAGGUGUUAUUAUUAUUGAGAAUAGUGUUUUGUCAACAUAUAAUAAUUUUUUCUACAGAAAUAAUAUUACAUUAUUUAAUCUAUAAAGCUAAACCAUAAAAGAUAAAUAUAAUCUAUAAAAUUAAUCCAAGUUAUUAUAAAAACUGAGAAAAUUAAGAAAUUUAGAAUGAAUAAAAAAUCACUUACAAAUUUUUCUUUUUUGUUGUACAUACAUGUAUUUUACUGAAUUUAAAUAUCCAUGAUAAUGAAAGUCCUGGGUUUUUUCAUUUGAAAUUUGGUGAAUCUUCUUCUUUGCUGUGAGAUGAUAUUUUUUAAGUAGUGAUGAGGAAAGGGACCAGAGUGCCUGCAUUUGAAUCCCUCUCUUCCCUUGGUCAUCUAUGCAUCUUUGGACACUAAAUUAAACUCUUUGUACCUCAGUCUGCUGUUGUUAAAAGUGGUGAUAUUUACAGGCCUGCUCUCAUGAUAUUGUUGGGUAAAUUAAAUAAGAUAAUAAAUAUCAGAUACUUAGACCACAGCUUAGUAAAUUGUGCUUAAAACAUUUUGGCUGUUAUAUGGAUAAAUUGUAAAAAGCCUUUUAAAAAUAUAUUAUUUUAUUGUUUCCUUUUAGAAAUGAAACAUUUGUUUAUUAUUUUUAUUGACAAAAAUUGUAUGUAUUAAUGUGGUACAAUGUUAUGUUUUGAAAUACUUAUCUUUUUUGUGUUAAGAACAGUUAAAAUCUGCUUUCUCAGCAAUUUUCAAGUAUACAAUAUAUUCUAAUUAUUGCUGUGAUGUACAAUAA